UGAGGCCGUGGCCGCCCCUUCCUCUUGGCUUUGCGGAGGGCUUGGGGGCUGACUCCCGAAGGCGUCAUGGAGGGAAGAGGGACGGAGGCGCCGGCGGCCAGGGCUUCUCUCCGGCUGAGGACGGUCCUUCGGCACCUCGUCUCCUCUCGACCCGCGGGCCUGGCCGGUGUCGCCGCCCUUACACAUUUUCCUACUUCAUCCCAAGUUGCUACUGCAAAAUAUCCAGUACACUUCCGUUACACAUUGGAUAAUAAUCUUCUAAGCCCAGAGCAGAGGCAUUUCUAUGAGGAGAAUGGUUAUCUUGUCAUUAAAAAUCUGGUCUCCGAUGAGGACAUUGAACGUUUCAGAGAUGCGUUCACAAAGAUCUGCAAAAAGGAGGUGACUGUGCCUGGGCUGUUGAUCACGAGAGAUGUGUCAAUUGCCAAGUCAGAGUUUAUUUCAGAUCAUAUCGUGAAAUAUGUUGAGUGUUUCACAGGACCGAACAUCAUGGCUAUGCACACCAUGUUGACCAAUAAACCUCCAGAUCCUGGAAGGAAGACUUCUCGCCACCCAAUGCAUCAGGACCUGCACUACUUCUCAUUCAGACCUGUUUUUUUAAUGCAGGCAAUCUCUUGUCAUUAUGCAAGUAGCGAUUGCUACUAUAUUGAUGUGAAAGGUACUUCUCAAGAAAUCAUUGAGAAAGAAAUUGUAGAGAUUGCAAAAAAAAAGUAUGGUAUAGACUCGCCUUUGACCCUGAAGGUAGGUGGUUUGGUGUUUGUUUUGUAACGUUUUGGAUCCAAA